GAAAAAUCAGCAGUAUUCAUCACACCACCAUUCCUCUUCACUACUCCCAACUGUCUUCCCAUUUAUUCCCCCAAAGCACACAGCCCAUACAGAGAAAUCAUAAGCCUAUUGCGAACAAGAACAAGAACCAUGGGAACCACCCGAGCAACCGCAAUACUCGUCGCCGCCGCGGCCUUGCUGGUAGCGGUGGCGGUGGCCCAGGCGCCAGCAGCGGCGCCUGGCCCUGACACGUCGACCACAGCGGCGGGUGCGCCAGGGCCGUCGACCGUGGCGGGAGGGCCGGGGCCGUCAGCGGGCCAGGACUGCGUGAAUUACCUGUUUAACAUGUCGGACUGCUUGACGUACGUGGAGGAAGGAAGCAACUUGACGGCGCCGGACAAAGCGUGUUGUCCGGAGCUGGCGGGGCUGGUGGAGAGCCACCCCGUUUGCCUGUGCCAGUUGCUGGGGACUAACAUCAGUGCUUCGUUCGGUGUCCAGAUUAAUCGCCAGAAGGCUCUCAACCUUCCUUCUGUCUGUGCUGUCGGGACUCCUCCCAUCUCCAUGUGUUCAGUGGCUGGAUAUCCACUUGGAGUUCCAAUGCCUAGUGAAGCACCUUCACCACCUGGUAGUACGUCCCCGGAAGCUAGUACCCCUAAAAGUGAGGCUACGUCCCCGGAAGCUAGUACCCCUAAAAGUGGAGCCUCAGGCAUUGCAAAUGUCUCCCAACUCCUUGGCUUUGCUAUCGCGUGUCUCACAACAGCACUAGUCUUCUAGUUUUGAUCACUAUGGAGUUUAAUUUUACAUUCAUUUGAAUUUCUCCAUUUCAUUUGAUAUUGUAACCAGAUUAAUUUGAUGCCUUGUUUACACCAAUCUUAUUUUGAAUCGCGAUUUCUCUUGCGGAGAAAGAGCCAUUAUUUGAAGCAGGACCACUUUAUUGUGUUACACUUACAUAAUAUUUGAACUUUAUAUCCAGUUCUUUUUCCUUCUGUUUAA